GGUCUGUGUUGGGGAGGUUUCUGGCGCCCGUAAUGAAUGAAUUGUGGCAGGAGCGCGGGUAUAAAAGGAAGCGGCGGGGCUUGGGCACCUCAUUCCCAGCCGCGGACCUGCUGCCUUUCCCCCCCUCUGGCUCGGUUUGCGGAGUCCCUGCCGGCAGAGGGUGAGUGACGGGGGGAGGGUCAAACUGCUACUCCACCCUCCUUGGCUUCCUCCCUCCCCUCCACCCCAGAAGCAGCAGCAUGUGGCUCUUGGAGAGGAUCCGGGGCUCGGUGGAGAAUGGUGCCGCCCGGGCCGGCGACUCGGGGGAUAAGCAGUCCAAGGGCCCCCUGUACAGCAACGUGCUGACCCCCGAUAAGAUCCCGGAUUUCUUCAUCCCGCCCAAGCUCACCACGGUGCCGGCCGAGGCCGAGGGGGCGGAGGGGAAAGCCAAGCCCAACCUUGGCACCUCGGCCUCGGAGCAGAACCUGUCGGCCCGCAAGCCCCCGCGCAGCCCCCGCCUGCCGGUCAAGGCUGCCUCGGAGAGCAAGAACCUGCUGAAGGCUGCCAGCCGGCACAUCAUCCAGAUCGAGAGCGCCGACGAGUGGGCCUCGGAGGAGGACUUCAGCACCAACGCCGACCCCCAGGCCCAGACGGCCAUGUCCCUCCCCUACGUGCCCAAGGCCCAGACCUCCUACGGCUUUGCCACCCUCAUGGAGAGCCCCCAUACCCGGCGCAAGGAGUCCCUCUUCCACAGCGAGCACGGCAGCCUGUGCCAGUCGCAGGCGACCUCGCCCAGCUCCCAGCGCAAGGCGGGGGCCGGCGGGGGCAAGGUGAACGGGGAGAGCGCCCGCCUGACCCCCUCCGACAUCGGCAUGUCCCUCAUGAACCCCUACCGCUACUUCAGCGGCGGGGAGAGCGACACCUGCUCCUCGGCCGAGUCCUCGCCCUUCAGCUCGCCACUGCUCUCCCGCUCCGUCUCCCUGCUCAAAAUCUUCAGCCAGGACAGCCAGGCGAAGGUCAUCAAACUCAAGCACUCGGUGGCCCGGAACAGCUCCCUCUCCACCGACGACAGCUCGGCCGACACCAGCCCCAGCUCGCAGCGGCGCAUGCGGUGCGCCACGCCCCCGGCGGGGGCGGCGGGGGGCACCCCGGCCCAGUCCCUCCUGCCUUUGGACUCGCCGGACCGCCUGCACAAGGAGCACACCAUCCGGCUGAGCAAAGGCGGCAGCAUGCGGCUCACGGCCGAGUACGACGCCGCCAACGCCCGGCUGCGGGUGCGGGUCAUCGCGGCCGAGGAGCUGUUCGACAAGCUGUGCGACGCGCGCUCCAUCAACUGCUGCGUCUCCCUCUGCCUCAAUCCGGGCAAGGUGCAGAAGCAGCGCAGCACCAUCAUCAAGAACAGCCGCAACCCCGUCUUCAACGAGGACUUCUUCUUCGACUGCCUGGGCGCCGGCAACGUCAAGAAGAUGGCCCUCAAGGUCAAGGUGGUCAACAAGGGCAGCAGCUUGAAGCGGGACACGCUGCUGGGCGAGAGGGAGCUCCCGCUCACCUCUCUGCUGCCCUUCUUAUAAGCCCGUCUUCCACCUCCCUGCCGCUCUCCUGCCCUGCUGGGAGGGGAUGGGCAGGGAGGCGGUGGGGAGGAGGGAUCAGGCCACCAUGAGGGAUGAGGGGCGUGGGAUGCUCCCCCGGGGUAACGGCAUGUCCAUUCCAGGCUGUGUGUGUGUGUGCAUGUGUGUGUAGGGGGGACAGGACUCAUCCGACUCCCCCAGGAUGGGUCUCCUUUGCUGAUCAUUCUCUGCAUGGACGUGCCUGGAGGCAGUGGCUGCCGUGUGUCCCCUCGGGAGGCCGUGAGCGGCUAGCAAGUUGUAUGUUCUUCUCUAGAGAAGUGGUGGGGAUGAGGCAUGCUGGUGGCCUACGUUCUCCGGGGCCCUGCUGGAAGGCUUUGAUGGGAGGUGGGUUAUCCCUGUGCGGCUCGAGGACGGCCUCGCACAAAUGAGGCGGUAGUAGGGAUUUCAGCCUCACAGCUCAGCAACCCCUUCUUCCCCCCCCCCCAUACCCCCCUGCUUUCCUGGGAGCACUUGCCAGUCGGUUUCUCAUCUACACGCUGGGUCCCAAGACCUGGCUGCCUUUGAGUGAGGUGUGGAAGGCCCUCGCAGGCCGUUCCUGCAGGCUUGAUGUGGGGCAUGCAGGUCAGUCCGGCUGAUGCAGUGCGGCACAAAGACUCUUCUCUCCCCCCCCACCCCGCCCUACCAACGGGGGCAGGGGUGGAAGUGGCAGGGACAGCUGAUGGAGUGUAGAGCUGGGAGAACGAUGCCGCAAGGCUGAAUUCCUGCCGUGGCGGGACGGUUUCUGAGGCGCGGCCUAGUCAGUAAUGGGGAGAAGGGACGCUCUAGGGAACAACCCAGUGCUGUCUGGUGGGGAGGGAAAAGAUGACCCCACCAGCCUCUUCCAUCUCUAAUUUCUCUCCUCCUCGGCUGGCUGAUGGGCAGAGAGAGGGCAGGGGUUGUUGGACAGGGCUCUGCCAAGUCUCACAACAUUGAUAUGUCUCUUAAAGCUCCAGCUUCUGGAGUCUGGGGAUUGCAACAGAAUUUCCGCUUGCUUUUAAAGACAUUUCUAGCCCUCAUGGUUGUAAAGUAAAGCUUGAAGCCGUGACUCUAGUAGUUCAGAAGACAAAUAAAAUGAGCUUCAAAUUUUUCACUUACAUUCUGUUUUGCCAAAGGCUGGGAAUGGGCGACAGGGGAUGGAUCACUUGAUGAUCACCUGUUCUAUUCAUUCCCUCUUAAGCACCUGGGGCAUUAACUACUGUUGGAAGACAGGGUACUGGACUAGAUCGACCUUUGGCCUGACCCAGUUUGGCCAGGCAUGAAAAUUUCACUCGGUCCCUCUGAGGUUGCCAGGGGCAGCUUUUAAUGCCCCAUCGAUGUGAAAAGCUCCCUCUGCGACCGCUCCGAAGCCCAUGCCGAUCUUCCCAAUGGCGUUCGGCUCAGGCUCUUGUGCUCGAGAGGUUGCUUUACCUCCCCCAGCCCCAGAGUGCCGUCUAGAUAGCUAUGGCCGUGGGGGGCUCUCCUUCCUCUGGGGAAGGGGCUUCUACAGCUCUGGCAGGGGCUAGCUUGGAGAAGUGAUUGCUUCCACCGCAGAUGGGAGCCUCUUCCCUCUGAUCCAGAAGACUUCUGCCUCUGGCUGCUGCCUUAGCUACUUCUGGGAAACCUCAUGCCAUCCAGAAGAUGCACUGUCCACCCCCCUCCACGCACUUCCUUCAUCCCUGCGCUCUGCCGAAGGGGGGGGGAUGGACAGUCUGAUCUACUCUGUUUAAAAGCAGCAACCGUAUUUAAUCCCCGCCAGGCUGCCUGUGGCUAACCUCCACGACCCUUAAAGGUAGGAAUGCAUCUGCACACCCGAGGACACGGUGGUGCAUUAAUAACCCUCUGGGAUUAUCCAGAGCAGCACCCAGGAAGCCACUGCAGGGAGCAGCAGGGCCAACAGCCACAGUGUCUCACACAGGGAGGUGGGACCCUGGCUCUGAGCAUUGCACAAACUGGUUUGACCGCUGCCAGGGAAAAAAUCAAGUGCGCAAAAUCAAAAGCAACGACUGAGUCCUGGCCUGCCCUUGCCUCUGAGCGCUUUAUGCCGCGGGGGCGGAGGUGCAGGAGGGGAGACCAAAGCGCAACGUUUGUUUGUUUGGCUUAUCCAUUUCCUCUUGGCUUAUAACCUGCUUUGGGAGGGCAGAAACCUUUGCACGGGAGCUGCGAGUGUCAAGAUGCCGCAUGAGCGGCCUCUGGGUUCGUUAGCGCUGGCGGAUUCCUAGUGCGUAGGAGACGGGUUUGCUGGAGCAGAGACAACAAGGGUUACACCGUUAACAUCCACAAAAGAGAAGCUUGGGGGAGAAACCCACGGGUGGGGAAGGCUCACUUGGCCGUGGUUUACACCAGGACCAAUCCCUACAGAAGCCCUCCCAGCCUUUGACAGAAUCUGCCCUGACAAACAGCCAGUGCUGUGGGAAUUUCCCCCCCAAUCCCAUUACGAUUCUGUUUCUCUGUCGCUGCAGACUGAUUAGAAUAAUCAAAUCAGACAAUGGUUUGGGGGGCGGGGGGGAGGUGCAUCUCUCCAGCCUUGUCCAGGGAAAUCGGUGACUCUGGAAGCUACUGCAGUGUCGUGAGAAACCCCUUUCCCCUGGGCUGGCAUACUGGGGAAUCAGAUGCUGGCUCAAGACGAGGGUGCUAGUCUGGGCCCCUGGUUCUUUUCUCCUCUUGAUCGUCUUUCUUUCUUUUUAAUUGGGGAGCAAACUGUUUUCUUUCGCCACCUCCUGUUGCUUCCCUCCCUUCCCCUGUGGUUCUGGAACUAGAAUUCAGCAAAACUAGGAAGGCUGUGUGUGUGGUGUGGUGGUGGUGGGGGGGUUGUUGGGGAUAGGGAAAAACAGAGACCUUUAUUUGUCCUUUUCUGUGAUAUGAAUGUUGCAUCAGGUUCUCUGCAUGGUUUGGGUUUUUUUUUCCUGGGGCGGGGGGGAUUCUAUGAGCCAAUAUCCCCACCGCCCUCCUUGCACACGCGUGCACACGCUGAUCAUUGUUCCUUUUUUUGCAUUAACCUUUCUUGGCUGCGUUUGAUGUUACUUUCCGAUACUACGCAGCAGAUGGCCGCUGCAGAAAUUUCAGUGUAAGCUAUUUAUAUGCCAAGCCGAUUGUUCCCCCUGUAUUUUAUUUCUGUAUGUAAAUACGGCUUUGGAUCUACCCAAGGCACGGUUUUGAAUAGUUCAAUAUUUGCAUGUCUUCUCCCCCCCCCCCAGUUCUAUUGAUAUGAUUGUUACUGAUUUUCAAGCUUGUGAUUUUGUUUAAAAAAAACCAAAAAACCCGGAAUGAAACCAAGACGCCCUCGCCAAAAAACUAAAACCCAACCCCAGCCCUGAGACCUUCAGGGGGUAAAUUUGGCCGGCUGCUGCCUCUUGUGAUCCAUUUCAGAAAGAGCUAUGCACAGUGUGGGCUUGAUGCUCCUAGAAAUCAAUGAGACAAUUCCCAUUGACUCCAGUGGUGCAGGAUCACCCCAUGCCGGCCUGCUCUCCUUUUGGAUGAUUUGUGGCAAGCCUCCCUCUUUUUGUAGCUGUCCCCCGUCUGUCUGCGUGACGCUGGUGGUGCCUGGGGCAUGCAAAGCAGGACGUUGAGCUGGGGCUGUGAACUGCUUCUAAGCCUGUGGAGGGACUAGAGGAAGGCUGGAUUCUGAUGGUUACUUAGGUAAAGCUUCCAUUGGGGCUGUCUGCUGGAACCCUUACUUGGCACUUACUCAGACAAAGUCAGUGGGAGCUUUGCCUAUGUGCAAACUUCAGGGAUUGGCCCCAUGGGACGGCUACCCGAGAGAACCCGGGUCUAGAGCUCUGUUCCCAACUCUAUCACUGGUCUGCUGAGUGACCGUAGGCCAGUCACGUCCCUGCUUUGUGCCUCAGUUUCCCCAUCUGUACAAUGUAAAGCACUUGGAGCGGUAUGGACGAAAGCACCGUGUAAGAGGCGUUUAUUAUUAACUCGCGUGAGUAAGUGAACAUCAGGAUCAGGCCCUUUGUAAGGAUUGGCCCAUCUGAAUGCGGGAUGGUGCCCUUAUCUGGGGGCGACUAUCCUAACCCCUCUUUGAUAACCGCUGUGCGGGGCCCAAUCCAAACCGCACUGACAUGAAUGGAAAGAUUCCCGUUCACUGCGGUGGGACUCAGGGUGCGAGGACAGGGUGAACUGUCAUGUGCCUAGAGCAGGGUUGCUGUGGGUCAUCUCACGAGAAGGUUCUUGGAUUGCAGCUAGCGUCUUAAAGGCACAAAAGUGUGUGUGUGUGUGUGUGUGUGUCAAGUACCUCUCCAUAAACUAAAUCCGCCACAUUACUGUGCAUGACUCCACUAAUCUCCGGCCUGGUUUAACAGCAGAUCAGACUCCCUGGGAUCAGCGUGAACAGAGCCAAUGGGUCAGCCAACGCCUGCCAUGGCAAGUAACUCACCGCAGUAAGCUGUGCUUCAACCUUGCCGUGAGAGUAAUGCCUAGUAAUCAAAUGCUAAUGAGUUCAUUUACAGACUAAUACAUUGACUUUAGUGAUGUGCGUUCUCUUUACUUCGAAUAAUUGUUCAUGAGGGUGGCUAGGAGACUUCCUGGCAUGUUUAUUCAUUUUUCAAAUCAUUUGCAACAAACACAAAUCGUUUAACAAGUCAUUGUUUUUGCUUUGCAAUAGGAUUCAGAAAUCCCCCCCCCCCAUGUGCAUUCCCCUUUGGAGCAGUCUGCAAAACUCUUGGGAAUAUUAACAGGAAUUAGAAGGGAGGCUGCGUACCAAAAGCUUUUGAGUCAGACAGGGAGUUGGUGAAUUGCCGAAUAUUCAGGUGGUUCGAUUAAUCCCGCAGGCUACCGGAAAGCUGCCUUUUGUUAGCUCCACUGGACCACUGACUUUCAAACUGAUGUGGCCUGAUUCCUAACCGAGUGAGCACUAGAGCAGCUUUGGGUUGAAAUGCGGAAGAACGGACCCAUGAUUGGAGUUUGGCAUCCAACCAAGAUGCCAAGAAGCAAUAUGCCGCUCCGAAGGAAUGAGGCCGCUGGGCUUUGGGUAGCGCUGGCUCCGGGUCUCCCUUCCUUAGCAGGGCUGAAGGAAGGGAGUGCUAGGAAAUUGGGUGGCUCAUAAUUUAUUGUCUGGAGGUUGUGCGCACCUGUGUGUUGGCUUGCCGUUUCAGUUCAGCACUUUUAGGAGUGUGGCAUCUUCCGAGGAGAGCUGGUGUUUCAUGAGUUAGAUGGUGGGCUAUGAACAAAGGAUGUCCUUCGGGGGGAGGGAUAGCUCAGUGGUUUGAGCAUUGGCCUGCUAAACCCAGGGUUGUGAGUUCAAUCCUUG